UAAUUCUGCACUGAUCAUUCAUCAAAAUUCGUAAAGAAAAUAAUUCCAAAAGAUGGAUUUAAGAAACAGACAGAAGAACAAACAAACAUUUGUUAAAGGACAAAAAAUAAUGUACUUAAGGAUGUGCAAUAAAUCGAUAAUUCGAUACCGGAUAAUAGACAGAAUUAACAUUUUAAAAUUUGAUUUUUAAAAUAAAUCUCAAUCGGUAACGAUAUAAAUAACAUCGCACCGUUAAGUUUCAAAUCGAAGUACACUGUGCAUAAGCAUAUAAAUAUAAAUAUAAUUAAUAUAAAUAAUACAUAUAGAAAAAACUUGAGAAAAACUAACUUAAGAGAAACAUGCCGAACGAAUUGAUAACGCCAAAGGGCUACUACAAAGUAAAUAAGCGAUUCAGAGAUGUAGAGAAACGCCGAGAGGAUUGGCUUCACCGUGAAAAUAGACGAAUAUAUGUGCAUCCAGCAAAGAAAACGCUUGAACGGUCUAUUAAAAUAGUUGGUCUAUAUUUAACGUUAUAUUUGUGUAUUGCGAUUAUUUUAGCAUGCAAUGUAUUAAUUUUGUACAAUUUUCGAGUGCCCAACAACGAACCCCUUGAGCGUAAGUGCACGAGUAUGUCAUCUGUGCCGGGUAAUUUUGUGGGCGACAGAAAAAUAAUACGAUUCCAGGCAGAUCAACGGAACGAAAUAACGCCCUAUAUUAGACAAAUGUAUAAAUUUGUUAAAAAAUAUGGCAACGAAGGAAUGCGUCGCCUGCGAGCAUGUAAUUUAGAUAAUAACUGGGGUUACAAUAGCGGCCUGCCAUGCAUUCUAUUGAAACUCAAUAUGGCAAUUAAUUUCAAUGCUGUGACAUAUACCAGUUCCAUAACACUCCCGAAGGAGGUGCCCAACGAUUUGCACGAUUAUAUACUACAGUUGCCGCUGGAGGAUCGUAUAGAUCGCAUAUGGGUUAGCUGUUCCUUCUUAGAUAAUAUAACGGAAGCGAAAGUGGAGUAUAUACCGAAUCGGUAUUAUGAUGCCGAGGGCUUGUUUGAAAGGGAAAAUUUUUAUUUGCAUACUAUCUCUGAGAACUUAACGGCAGCAAAUAUUCGUGAAAAUCCGGCGUUUCGUCGCGUUAUUGGCGUACAAUUUCAAUAUUUGCCAAUGAAUCGAGAUGUUACCAUCAAAUGCACAGCAUGGGCUAAAAAUAUUCCUCUAGACGUCGGAUCGACAAUUGUUAUAUUUCGCAUUGAAGGGCAUGAAGUUUUUCCAAAUCCCGAUCCAGACUUUGAAGAAGCUUCCGAUUUGAAUUUUAACUGAAUACCCAAAGACUCCGUUGUUCCCGCUGGCCGUUACACAGUUAAGAAACGAUUUCGACACCAGGAACACACGCGAAAAAA